AUGGAGACCACGGUUCCUUUGCAGGACGGUAAGGAGGAGGGCCUCUGCUCCAUCUGCCGGGAGCACCUAAAGGAGGCCGUGAGCAUCGACUGUGGACACCUCUUCUGUCGAGGGUGCUUGGCCCAUCACCUUAAGGUCUCAACGACCUCGGAAACUGUCAGCUCUAGCUGCCCCAUCUGUCGGGCCCCCUGUUCUGAAAAGGUACUGGGAGAAGGCUACGUCUGCCAGAGUCACCAGAAGAGGGUGAGCUUUUUCUGUGAUGAGAGCAGCCUUCUUCUGUGUGUGAAAUGCCUAGAGUCCCCUGAACACCAGGCUCAUCGGGAGCUGACCAUUGAAGACGCCAUCAGUCACUACAAGGAACGACUCAGUCGAAGGAUUAGGAAGCUAAAAAAAGACCUCGGGGAACAUAUGCAGUUGAAAGCUCAGGAGGAGGAGAAACUGCAAACUCUUCAGCAGCAGCUAGACCAACUGGAAGACAUGGCAGCCAGAGUCUUGGACAUCUCCAACAAAAUCCAACAGCUCAGCAAUCACAUCACUGAGCUGGAGAGGGCGGCCAAGCAAGUGAAUGCCAACACUCUAAAGGAAAUCAAAGACUUAUUGAACAGGAGUGCUCCACAGAAAUGAGAACUUAUUUAUCCUGAACUGGAGAAAAGAGCCAAUGGAUCACCUCCUUAG